AUGUUCGAUAUUGACGAUCCGGAGACAUUGCUCAACCUUCGCCAAACGAUCCCUAGGCAGCGUUUGAGGGCAAUCAAACAUUUGCGGGUCUAUCUGGAGACCCAGUACCCGCCAUUUUCUGGGCUGCAUUCAGCACCUUGGUACGGCAAGUUUGAUGGGAUCUGGACAUUAAUGUGGCAUAUCAUCGCCCACGAUAUGACCGGAAUCGAGGUUCUCGAACUUGUUAUACAGUCAGGUAGUAUAUUCCCAGAAUGGCCGCGAAAGGAUCCGCCAUGGUGCGCCAAACUGCAAGAUGUGAGGGAGUUGAAAUUGUUUCAAUUGACUGUCAAAGAAGGGCAGGUGACUUACAGCGAAGAUUCAGACGAGGAUAUGAGAGUACUGACGGAACGUCUCAGACAGUGUAUGUACCAGCCAAGAUCCACUAAGUCUCUAGAAGAGAACGAUGUGGUACAUCCCGUUGAAGUGGAAGCGCAAGCGCCAUUAACCUAG